CGGAGGAUCCCGCCGCUGCCCGCCGGCACCACGGGCCUGGAUUUAAGUCAUAAUCAUUUAUUGUCAUCCAACUGGAGCAUUGAUUUGUCUGUUCAUACACUACAAGAAGUGAAAAUGAAUUACAAUGAGCUCAGUGAAAUUCCGUAUUUUGGAGAAACAACUUCUAAUAUAACUCUUCUCUCAUUGGUACACAAUACCAUUCCAGAAAUAAAUGCUGAGCAACUCCAAGUUUACCUUUCAUUGGAAAAUCUAGAUCUUAGUUCUAAUCUUAUCUCAGAAAUUAAAGCUUCUUCUUUUCCACGGAUGCAACUGAAGUACCUGAAUCUGAGUAACAACAGAAUAACUACUCUAGAAGCAGGAUGUCUUGAUAACUUAUCUAGCUCACUAAUGGUGGUAAAGCUGAACAGAAAUAGGAUUAGUGUGAUUCCACCAAAGAUCUUCAAAUUGCCUCACGUGCAGUUUCUGGAACUGAAAAGGAACCGGAUUAAAAUAGUGGAAAGUCUUACAUUCCAAGGACUGGAAUCCUUAAAAUCCUUGAAAAUGCAGCGCAAUGGGAUUAGCAGACUAAUGGAUGGAGCAUUCUUUGGCCUGGGUAAUAUAGAAGAAUUAGAACUGGAACAUAAUAACUUAACAGAAGUAAACAAGGGCUGGCUGUAUGGUCUGCGGACAUUGCAACAACUCUAUGUUAGCCAGAAUGCCAUUAACAGGAUCAGUCCAGAUGCAUGGGAGUUCUGCCAAAGACUUUCUGAGCUAGACUUGUCGUACAACCAGCUAACGCGCCUCAAGGAGUCUGCCUUUGUGGGACUUGGUUUAUUGGAGAAACUAAACCUGGGUGACAAUCGCAUUAGUCUCAUUGCUGAUGGUGUGUUCAGAGGUCUGACAAAUCUUCGAACCUUGGACUUGCGGAACAACGAGAUCUCCUGGGCCAUAGAAGAUGCAAAUGAAGCAUUUGUGGGACUCAGCAGGCUGGAUAAACUAAUCUUGCAAGGAAACCAGAUUAAGUCAAUUACCAAAAAAGCAUUCUCUGGUCUUGAAGGACUUGAACAUCUAGAUUUAAGCAACAAUGCAGUAAUGUCCAUCCAAGAAAAUGCGUUUGCCCAGGCUCACCUGAAGGAGCUAAUUUUGAACACUAGCAGCUUGCUUUGUGAUUGCCAGUUGAAAUGGCUGCCGCAGUGGCUCACUGACAGCCAUUUACAGCAGGCUGUAAACGUUAGCUGUGCUCAUCCUGAAUGGUUAGCAGGACAAAGCCUUCUCAGUGUGGACCCUGAUGACUUUGUCUGUGAUAAUUUCCCGAAACCACAGAUAAGAGUGCACCCCGAGACCACAAUUGCUCUGCGAGGCAUGAAUGUGACUCUGACUUGCACUGCUGUGAGCAGCAGUGAUUCACCCAUGUCCACUGCCUGGCGUAAAGACAGCGAAGUAUUGUGUGAUGCAGAGGUUGAGAAUUUUGCCAGAUAUCAGCAGCAAAGUGGUGAGGUGGUAGAGUAUACCACUGUCCUGCACCUUUUCAAUGUGAAUUUCACUGAUGAAGGAAAGUAUCAGUGCAUUGUCACCAAUCACUUUGGCUCCAAUUAUUCCAACAAAGCCAAGCUGACUGUCAAUGAGCUACCUUCUUUCCUGAAAACCCCCAUGGAUCUUACUAUCCGCACUGGGGCGAUGGCCAGGCUGGAGUGUGCUGCAGAGGGCCACCCUACUCCACAGAUCUCCUGGCAGAAAGAUGGUGGCACAGACUUCCCUGCUGCAAGAGAGAGGAGGAUGCACGUCAUGCCUGAGGAUGAUGUGUUCUUUAUUGCAAAUGUGAAAAUAGAAGACAUGGGAAUCUAUAGCUGUAUGGCACAAAAUGUUGCAGGUGGUUUGUCAGCAAAUGCCACACUGACUGUGUUAGAAACGCCUUCCUUCGUUCGGCCCCUGGAAGACAGAACGGUAACCCGAGGUGAAACUGCUGUCUUGCAGUGCAUAGCUGGUGGCAGUCCUGCCCCUCGCCUCAACUGGACUAAAGACGAUGGCCCUUUGACAGUCACAGAACGGCAUUUUUUUGCUGCGGCAAAUCAACUCCUUAUCAUUGUGGAUGCUGGACUAGAGGAUGCUGGGAAGUACACGUGCAUUAUGUCCAACACACUGGGCACUGAGCGUGGCCAUAUUUACCUAAAUGUUCUGGCUUCCCCAAAUUGUGAUUCUUCCCAGAGCGGCAUUGUCCAUGAGGAGGAUGGCUGGACAACAGUAGGCAUUGUGAUUAUUGUCGUGGUGUGCUGUGUUGUGGGAACUUCCCUGGUAUGGGUUAUUGUGAUCUACCACAUGAGAAGGAAGAGUGAAGAUUACAGCAUCACUAACACAGAGGAGAUGAACCUACCUGCAGACAUUCCCAGCUAUCUGUCCUCCCAAGGAACUCUGUCAGAGCCUCAGGAAGGCUACAGUAACUCAGAGGCAGGAAGCCAUCAGCAGCUUAUGCCUCCAGCCAGUAGCUAUGUGCAUAAGGGCACAGAUGGUGGCACAGCACCAUUGGUGAUCUGCUCGGACUGUUACGACAAUGCAAACAUCUACUCCAGGACACGAGAGUACUGUCCCUAUGCCUACAUCACAGAAGAGGACCCCCUGGAUCAAACCCUCCCUAAUCUUAUGGUGCAGAUGCCUAAGGAAACGUAUACAGCACGCACCCAGCAUGAAAACAGUACUCUUGAUAAUCUUUUAGCAGACAGAGACAUGUCUGUCUUCCUUACCAACCAUGACAAAAUAAGUGAAAAGAAAAUCUCCUCCCAGCAGAUUAAUGAACCCUUUCAGAUUCCUUUAUGGGGAGUAAACAAAGACCUAGCGUGCUCUCACUCACGCUUUCUGCAUCAGCAGUCAGCCCGUGAGACCCCACGACCUCUUCGAAGUGAGGGCAUUAUUGACAGUGACCGGGAACAAGCUGCUUCACCCAGACCUUGCCACAGGUUACGUGAACAUAACUUUGAUUUUCAUAGGACACGGAACAUUCAUGACUAUAGUGAAACUACGUAAGACACUAAAAUGAAGUCUUGAAAGCAAAUCCGUAUCAACUGACUUUUUGUAUUUACUACCUCAGGACUAACCCCAAGGCCAAAGAUGCUUGUGUACGUGUGUCUACAAUUACAGGCUGACUAAACAGAGUCAGACUCCCUAGGAGGAGGUGGCACAUGCCCUUUUUCCUUGGAUUUCUGUGUAUUGGAAAAUGGGAAUGUGCAACAGAACACAUGGAUGAUUAGUGAUAUCCACAAGAAUAGCAUUAAAACAUGGAUUUUCUGAUGUUGGAAGCAGCCUUUGUGUUGGUGCAUGCUUUGAAAAUCUCUCAAGAAUGCAUAGCUAUUUCAUACUGCAUUAUCUGCUUGAAAACAAAUGUUCAGGGCCUCCUCAUGGAAUUCCCCAGUAAUUGUAAGCAUAAAACUCUUGGCCAGCUUUUUGUUCCUUAGACUGUUGACAGGCGUCUGUUACCAGUCUAACUUUGGGGCUCGUUUUCUCCUAUGAAUAAUGGACUCUAGUUGUAAAUAAAUUUGCAUUUAUAAAUAUUUUGUAUACACUAAGCAUAUAAAUGUGUUGGUUGUAAUGUAAAUAUAUUUUUUAUUAUGCCAAAGUAUGUAUCAUACUGUUAGUCUUGACAGCUGCAUAUCAAGCCAUAUUUUUUUUUUUGUGAGACUGAAAGCUUGUUUCUGAGGGGACAGAGCUGUCUUUGUUUUGGAAAGAAAUGAAUUUACUAUAGGUAUGUGGUGAAACUGUGAUAUCGGUGAAUUUCAUUGUUACAUACAACUCUGUAUGCAUUAAGCCUGGCUGACCCUGACUGCAAGCUGAUCCAUUUCAUGCGUUAGCAGAAUUCCAAGUUUGACCCAUUCAAGUGUUGAGAGUCUCCUUAAAUCUCUAUGUUAGGCACCCGUCUUGUCCACUAGAGCAUAAAGUGCAACAGACCCUGCAUUAACAAGCAGUGUUAACCUGUAUUCCAGGCUGUAGUGUCCAGCUUCCCAGAAGUUCUUGUAAAUAGCAAACAAAAAGAGCAGUACACAAAAUGUUUCCUUCUGGUCAUCUGGUAAAAUAGCUAUAAGAUGGGAGUUUUGAGUGGUUUGUUUCAGAAGUUUAUCUAAGCUUUUAUCGCUAAAAAAAGCCUUUGUAUUGUGUAUGUAGCAGAGAGAUCCCCAUGUAUUUUUCCUAGCUGACAGUUAAGUGAACUUUGAAAAAGAACAUUGUGAUGAAAAGCAUCAGAAAAAAUGAGAUAAUUUGAUAAAUACUCAGUGAACUAAACUGUGGAUUUUCUAUUUCCUCUGCACAGCCAAGUGGCAUAUGUAGUGUCCUUUUCUCUUGUAAAAUAUCAGGCAAAAUUGUUGCUCUGUUGAACUGUCUAAUAGUUCCCUAGGUCUUAGCCUGGCCAAAAUGUUUAAAUAUUUGGCAGGUGAGAAAUGAAACAAUACGCAGGGAACCACUCAAUACUGAAAAUCCAGUGCUUGCUGAGACAGAGGGAACACAAACUUCAUUAGUUACAGUGGAAUGUGCCUGACAAAAUUAGGAGGAAGAACAUUAUAAAGACUUUCUGAAAAGUUCUUUCUUCUGGGAAAAUGCACCUUUGUGUAGCAGGGGUUAAAGACUCACCAGCUGAUGGGUUUUCAGCAAGUGUGUUGUGCUCAGCGCUGGAGUACUUCAACAUUAUGCUGUAUACUCACGCCUGAAGAGCAAGGGACUUUCUUCCUAGUCAUUGUUGUAUUUUUUUCAAGUCAUAGAUAUGUACUAAAAUGAAAACAGCUGCGUGGUGUAUUUUUAUAAAGACAGAAAAACCUUUUUGGACCAGCCCAAGAGAGUAUGUAAGACUUCCCAUUGAUCCAUUCCUAGACAGAAGUGUGUGUGACUGAAGUAUCAGAUGCAGUCACACAGAAUCACAGCUGAAACUUUUGAGACUGUGGAUUAUUUGAGUAAAUGAGUGAGGAAUAAUGAUUAUUUUCGCACAGCUUUUGGGAAUGGAUAAUAGUCAGAUCUAUGCAAAUGAGCAGAUAUUACCAAGGGCUCUUACCAUGCUCUCAAAGCAGCUUUGAUAGCCAGCAGCUUUAGUAGGAAGAGGAUCCAAUUGUCCUUGACCUUUGGAUAAAGCAGAGAGAAACACAGGUGUGUUAAACUCUUUUUGGGCUCUGGUAUCUGAAAUGUUUUAAUAACAUACAUGCUAAAAGAAGAAUCUUAAGUUCAUUCUUUUCUGGUUUUAUUUCCUCCAGGCUUUUCCUUUCCAGACAGCAUUUAAGACAUGGUGCUUAUUUUCAAUCCAAAGUUAUCUCUGUUGCAGGAAUCCACUACUGUCAGUUUAAAUCCAAAUGAGAAAGGUCAGGUCAUGAAACUACAGCAACAGAAAAGUCUCAUCCUUUUGGGCUGCUUGCUGCUUUCUCCAGAUAUUCACACAGGCUGCUGUGGCAGAGUGCUUCUUGGCAUGUGCAGAGCCAUGAUUUCCCACUAGCGGGAAAAUAGCACCCCUCCUGCCGCUCCGUCUCCCAUCACCAUUUGGCAAAUGCUUGUCACUUUUUUCUUUCAUCCCUCUCUUGUGGAGUUGAGCUAAUACAGCUCUGUCACAGUACAGCUGUUGAUGUCCAGACCUUAGGUGUACAUUGGGCACAGCUCCUUAGUGUGAUUGAAUUCCCUUUAGGUAGGUAAGAUGUGCUUGGCCAAGACCAAGGCUUUAAAAUGAAUGCUGUCUGCACCAGAACAAACUGAAGUGCUAGCUCUCAAAGCCAUUUAGGAGCUAAAGCUGCACUCAUUUCUGUGAGAUAUUGGCCUAUAAAAGCUGCCAUUAUGAAUUAGGACAUUUGCAUCCUUUCAUGAGCAAUGGUAUCUCUUUAAGGUCCAUAAGCUGGUUGUAAAUAGCUGAAGCUCGUAAGUAGGUGAACACCUUGCUGUGCUUAGCAUUGUGGAAGAACUUCCUAGGCAGACUUGCAGAAAAAAUUGGGUCUCUCUUCUUUCCCCUUUCCUCCAGGAGGUGCAGGUGGGACAGUGUGGCCAUUCUGUUUUCAGUAAACACAAACAGUUUCUUCAAUCAAUGCCAAAGUACUAACAGUACAGGAACUGGGGGUUCAUAAGACAGCGUGAGCAAAGCUGCUCUUAUUCCCUGUUGCUAUUUCCUAGUGUCUAUUUAUAUUUUUUUCACAUAAGAAUGUAUAUUUUGUAUAGCAUGUGUAAUAUAUGUUUGUCUAUUGUAAUAUACCUUAAUUCAAUAAAAUGCUAUAUACAUUGA